AUGACCACUCAAGCACCCAAGAUCCCUUUCGCCGUCAUCGGCGUGGGACUGAUCGGGCCGCGUCAUGCCCAAACAGUCACACAGAGUCCCGAUGCCGAACUGAUUGCUGUCGUCGACCCAGCGCCCGCCGGCAAACAGUUGGCCGCUGAGCUCAAUGUGCCUCAUUAUGCCACCGUCGAUGACCUCCUGAGCUCCUCUCAUAUUCCCCAGGCUGCUAUUAUUUGCACCCCAAAUCAUACCCAUGCCCUCGUCGCCAGGCAGCUUUCUUCCAAAGGAGUGCACCCUCUCAUCGAGAAGCCCAUCAGCUCUGAUAUUCAAAGUGGCACUGAGCUUUUGGAACAUCUGCGCACAACAGGCGUUAAGGCUCUCGUCGGUCACCAUCGACGAUUCAACCCAUACAUCAUUGCUGCUAAGAAGACGCUUGAUUCGGGCUCCCUGGGCAAGAUCAUUGCUAUCAAUGGACUCUGGACGCUGUACAAGCCGCGGGAUUACUUUGAAGGUCCCACUGCAUGGAGGCAGGGCAAAGAUGGUGGCGUCAUUCUCAUCAACAUGAUUCACGAAGUCGAUCUUCUCCAUCACCUCCUCGGACCCGUCACACGAGUUCACGGAGAGAUGGCUGUCUCUGAGAGAGGCUACGAAGCCGAGGAAGGAGGUGCCCUCACUUUGAGAUUCAAGUCCGGAGUCGUGGGUACUUUCCUCAUCUCGGACAACGUUCCGUCGCCGUACAACUUCGAAGCUGGGACUGGCGAAAACCCCCUGAUUCCGAAGACGGGCCAAAACUUCUACCACGUUUUCGGAUCCCAGAGCUCUCUAAGCGUGCCGAACAUGUCUUUGUGGUCUUACGAAGGCACCCAAAAGUCAUGGCACUCCGAGCUCAAGAAGCAGGACGUUCCUGUUAUUGACGGUGUACCAUUUGAGCUGCAGUUGGCCCACUUCUGUCGGGUCAUUCGCGGUGAAGAGCCCCCCAGUUGCUCCCCGCAAGCUGGUCUGGCUGCUUUAAUUGUUUGCCAAGCGAUCAAGGACGCAUUGAAGUCGAAUAGUACGGUGGAAAUUCCACGCUACGAGCUGUAA